CUGACCUGCACUGACCAGGGAUACUCAGGUGGGAAGAGCUUAGGAAAGCAAAACCGAGAGUAGCAUUUAAACAGGACACGAGGAGGGGAAACUACUUCAACUCUGCAAAUUUCCUCAAAACCAGAAGACUCAGUCAGAUCCUCCAGAAUGUGGUUCAGAGUGUCACUCCUCAGUUUGUCCUGUUUAGCUGUGAUCAGCCAGAGCCAGGCCCAAGACCAAGCCUCACUCCGCCGCUCCAAUGACCCGACCGGACGCUGCCAGUACACCUUCUCCGUGGCCAGUCCAGAGGAGUCCAGCUGCCCCGGAAGCGGCGCAAAACCAGAGAUAGAUGGAGUCCUGUCCCGGGUCACCCUGCUGGAAGCUUUGGUCAGCAGGAUGAUAGCAGGAGAGGACGGAGGCAUCGGGAGCGGGGUCGGGGAUAAAGGCCAAGAGGGUCUCCAGGAGGCUUACUCCCAGGUUACAGGGGAAAAAAACCAGCUGCAGCAGGACAAGGAGCGUCUGAACAAGCAGGUCCAGGAUCUGCAGAGGAGGCUGGAGGAGCUGAGCCAGGAGGCAGAGAGCCUCAGGCAGCAACCCUGCCAGCAGACGCACACCUCAGGGGGAGCUCAGCAUGGAAACAGGCCUGCCAAUGACCCUGGGUAUGAUUUCGGGAACGGUGCCUAUCAGGAGAUGAAGGCUGAGGUGACAGAGGUCCCAGCAUCCCACCUCCUUCCUGUCAGAAAUCACAACUUCACAGGCUGUGGAGAGCUACUGUCGGUGGCAGAUCCUGUGAUGCACAGGAAAGCUGAUGGCAUCACAGGGAAGUACGGAGUUUGGCUACAGGAUCCAGAGCCUCAGGGUCCUGAAUACACCAACAAGACCGUGAUGCGCAUCGAUGCAGUGGGUAAAGAUGUGCGUCAGCUCUUCGUUUAUGAAGACAUGGAUCAGUUCGCCAAAGGCUUCCCUAUGAAGGUCCUGGUUCUGCCCGAGCCUGUGGAGAGCACAGGAGCAACCCUGUACCAAGGCUCCUUCUACUACCAGCUCAGACGCAGCCGCACUCUGAUCCGAUACGACCUGGCCUCCGAGAGCGUGGCGUCGCGCAUCGACCUGCCUAACGCCGGCUUCCACGGCCAGCACCCUUACUCCUGGGGCGGCUACACCGACAUCGACCUGGCAGUGGACGAGCAGGGUCUGUGGGCCAUCUACAGCACCACCAAAGCAAAGGGCGCUAUAGUGAUCUCCCAGCUGGACCUCAAGAGCCUGGAGGUGAGGAAGAGCUGGGAGACCAACAUCAGGAAGAACACAGUGGCCAACGCUUUCAUGCUGUGCGGACGUUUGUACACGGUGGCCAGCUACACCGCGCCCAACACCACCAUCAACUACGUGUUCGACACGGCGACCGGCGUGGGACAAGCCGUGUCCGUGCCCUUCAAGAACAAGUACCGCUACAACAGCAUGGUGGACUACAACCACGGCCAGAGGAAGCUGUACGCCUGGGACAACUACCACAUGGUCACCUACGACGUCCGACUGGGCCGAGCCAGCAGUUAAAGACGACCGCUGCUUACGGGACUGUACCGGAACAAGGCAAUGAGAUGAAACAAGCAAUCACGUCAGUCGGUCAGAUUAUUGCAAGACUCUGUUAUUUGUGUUUUUGAGUUAUGAAAUCUAUUUUUUAUGAGUAUUGUAAAUAAGAUGUGCUAUGACAACAAAGAAGUAUUCAACAGGCAGAUCAGCGUUGCUAUGUAAUAGCCAAUGAUGAUCCCAGUAAUCGUAAACAGUAACCAUGAUGCAAUGACGGAAUAUUUUUGUAAUCUGUUAAUAAAUGUUCAUGUUAUUUAAGUUCUCAAUAAAAUUUGUAAAAAGGA